ACCAGCUGUAGAUGGAAGCAGACAGCUGACAGCGUGUGAGUCUUGCUGAAGACAAACUUGCUGAAGAGCUUUCUGUCUCAGACCAGCCGACCGACGACAUGGAAAACACAGACGACCUGUUUAAUCCCAGCCUGGCAGCUGCUAUCAUGAAGUUCGAUCCGGAAGACGGCGAGCAGAUCGUGGAGUAUUUUAAAACUCACGCCCUGCUGUCGAGAGAGAAAGCAUUGCUGCAGGCGUCAGUCAGAGAUCAGAGGAAGCUGCUGGUGGAAAAUGGAAAACUGAAGAAAGACAUCGAGCAGCUCCGAACUCAGCUGCAGGACAAACAGAGGAGACGCACCGCCAAGGCUUUGUUCUCGCCUCCUCCAACUCUUAGCCCCGCCCCCAUCACCUCUGUCAAUCAGCCUCCCUCCUCUGCCGGGGCAACAGCUGCCAUUCCGACAAAUCCUCCUCCCCCUUCCUCACAAGACCGGAGAGAGAGACAGAGCAGGAGGAGGAGAGGAGAGAGGAAAGCUCGGCCCACUUCUGAGUGUCUCUCCUUGGGGGCGGAGCCUCGCAUCGACGUCUCACGACUGGAGCUGCGGGUUGGACGGAUCCUCAGCGUCCGCCUGCACCCGCUGGCCGAGGCGAUGUCGGUCCAGGAGGUGGACGUGGGAGAGAACACCCCCCGUACGGUCGUCAGCAAGCUGGGAGGGAAAACAAACCUGGAGGAGCUGCAGGGCGGUCUCGCUGUGUUGCUAUGCAACGUCAAGGCCUGCAAGCUGAGGGGCGUGGCCUCUCAGGCCCGCCUCCUCUGUUGCUCCACCUCCGAUGACUGCUCAGAGUGGUUGGUCCCCCCCACAGGCUCCACCCCCGGAGACAGAGUCACCUUCCUCAACUACCCUGGCGAUCCGGACAGAGAGCUGCAGUCCAAGCAGAGGGUUUGGGAGCUUCUUCAGCCCGACCUGCAGGUGGACUCUAAGGGUGUGGCCAACUAUAAAGGCUGCGGGUUCGAGGUGAAAGGGAAGGGGCUGUGCAGGGCCCCCUCCUUCACCAACUGCAUCAUCAGAUAGACGCCGAGAGGGGUCCCAACAUACAAGACAUGCAGAAGACGUGACGUGAACCAGAGCACUUUUAUUGUGAAAAGCCAGCUCCACUGUGGCAACUAUAAAAAUCAGCUGCUGAUAAUCAUUUAGCUAGUUGGUAGCUAAUGCCGUUAGCUAACAAAAGAAGAAGAAGAAAGUUGAUGAAUUUAAGUUGCAUCACUGUUUAUUGAUUACAUUUUUUUAAACCACAAUCAUCUGUUUCCUCAAGUGUUCUUGUUUAUAUAAAGGUGUGAAGAAAGCAA